AUGGCAUCAGAUCCAUCUUCAAAUGAAUGGAUUGAAGUUUCUUCCAAGAAGCAGUCAUCUGCGAAAAUUACUCGUAAAUUGCCACCUGUUGAAAGAUCAUCAAAAAAUUAUGCAGCAGCAAUGCAAACUUAUCAAAAAUCGAGUGAUAGUCGAGUUGCAAAACAAGCUACGGCCACGGCCUCGCAGAAGUAUAAUUCAUUAGUGCAAGGAAAAUUCACUGUGGUAACCAACAUAUUCCCAGUAACCAUAAAGCAGGAUCAAUACAUUUAUCGAUAUAAUGUAAAAAUGUCAAUAACAUUUUCUUGCAUUGAUAAGGAUGUCAGCAUUCUUUAUACAAAUGCGGAAUUAGAUUCAGAGUUGCGUCUAGUUGAACUGACUUCAAAAGAUCUCGCUGACGAGUUUCGAUAUUUAAUUGAUAACAAUGCGUUGGUUCGUAUUGAAAUUAGCGAGUAUGAAAAUGAAACCAAAGGCUUUUGUUUAUCAAAUUCUUUAUCAUUAUUGAAAGAAAAUUCGUUAGUGCGAGACUCUUCACUGCAGCAGUUCCUUGAUAUAUUACAACUACAACCACAUUGUUUGGAUUUUAGGAUGACAUUUUUAAAUAUUGGUCGCGGUCUUUUGUUUAUUCGAGAUGGUGAGAAGUAUAAUCUCGGAGAAGACGCUCUUGGUAACUCAAAAACAUUAAAACAUGGCGCAGAUAAAAGCACUCAAAUAAUAUCCGGAUUAAAUAUAUCGCCGGCUUUAACCGUGGACUGUAGCAAAAAGGUUUACAUUUUUUGCUGCGAAGCCAUUGCUGGAAAUAGCGAAAGAGAUCGACAAAAGGGCUUACGUGUGAAACUAAAAGAUUCUUCAUCAACUUUUAUAAUUUCAUCUUUGUCAGAUGUUCCUGCGAGAGAUAUAAAAAGUGAUUUGCCAGCUGUAAAUGUGAGCCGCAAAAAAGAUCCGUUCUUUUUUCCGCUAGAAUUGUUAAGUGUUGUCGAAGGUCAACGCAUACCUUCGCAUAAACUAAGCCCAUCUGAAAUUAGACAACGUGUCCAAGCUAAAUGGAAUUCUCGACAGUAUCGUUAUGUUAUUCCAGCAUCAAUUGAUAAAUUGUAUAUUGCUUAUGAUAAAAGAGAAAAUGGCGAAAUCGUGAAAAAGUUUUCUGGUCUUUUCAUUGGAUUAGCAGCGGAAAAAGGUAUGAGAAUCGGUCAUUGUUCAUUGGCGCAAGUAUCUGAUUUAGAAAAAUUUAUUUGUUCAUUAGAAAAGGAUUUUGAAAAACGAAAUAUUUUUAUUAUUUACAUCGAUUCAAACGGAGAGGGGCAUCAAAUUUUGAAAAUGCUUGAAGCUAUGCAUCAAAUAGUUACUCAACAUGUGCUCGCCAAAAAUCUUCCAAAAUGCAUUCAAAAUAAGCAUAUGCUAGAAAAUAUCGUAAACAAAGCCAAUAUAAAGAAUUUUGGUCAAAAUUAUCUUGUUGCUGCGCAUCAAUUAUGGCGUGACAAGUGGAUUUCUAAAGGUAAUACAUUGGUUAUUGGAUAUGAUGUUUGUCAUCCAAGUGCAAAAAUGUCAUGUAAAUAUACUGAUGAUAGGAAUAUUUCUUCCAAAUCACGCGAAGAAUAUAUCGAAGAACCAAGUGUAUUUGGAAUCUCUUUUAAUGGCGCAAAUAGUCCUGAAACAUUCAUCGGUGAUUAUGCUUAUCAGAAUCCACGGCAAGAGGAGAUAACCAGUUCAAUUUUGAUCACACGUGCUACUUGGAUUAUGCGGCUUUUUCACACGAGUCGAAAACAGUUGCCUAAUAUAAUAAUUAUCACUCGCGAUGGAGUCUCUGAGGGCCAAUAUUCUAUGGUUUUGCAAGAUGAACUGCAAGCGAUUCGCGCUGGUGUUCAUAAUUACGCGAGAGAGGCUGGAUACAGGGAAUAUGCUCCAAAAUUCGUGCUCAUUAUAGUUGCUAAGCGCCAUAAUAAACGAUUCUUUCUUGAGACGAAUGAGGGCUACGUUAAUACUCCUCCUGGCACAGUCAUUGAUCAUACUAUCACUCGUCCUGAUGUUGUGGAAUUUUUUAUGCAGUCACACGAUGUUUUGAUGGGUACUGGAAAAAUACCAAAUUACAUAAUAUUAUUAAACGAACCGAAAUUUGCUAAGGAAGAGUUACGAUCAGUAUUACAUUCAUUGUGUUUUAAUCAUCAAAUAGUGAAUUCUGCUAUAUCAUUACCAGAACCGAUUUAUCAAGCGGAUGAAUGGGCGAAACGUGGUCGCGACAAUUUGCAAACAGCCUGUCGUUGGUAUGGUAGCAGUUUUCUUGAACUAAACGAAGAUGGAAAAGUUGAUUGGGACCUUAUUACCACUAAAUUAUGCUAUAUGAAUCGUCGACUUCAGUUUACUCGUAGCAAUGCAUAA